AUGAAGGUCGCUCUGCAGUUCGGCAUCGGUUACGGUUCGGUCCAGAAUUACACCGACCGUGUUCUGGCUGCUAUCAACGACAAAGCUUUCAAGUCUUCGGCGUUGCAAUGGGCAAGUCCACGUGCACGUGCGGAGGCCAUGGAGUGGGUAGAGAGGGAGACUUGUAGUGCCUGGCGUAAUGGGUGGCUAAUGGUUGAUGGUACACUUGUCCCUCUCUACCGCCGUCCUGGAUUCUUCGGAAACAACUUCUUCGAUCGCAAGGCCAACUAUUCUACUGCAGUACAGAUCAUCUCUCUGCCCAAUCUUCGCAUAAUCGACUACUCUGUCGGUCGCCCAGGGAGCACGCAUGAUUCAACGGGUUGGAGGGAUACAUGGAUAUAUCAGCGAAGGGAUGGGUUGCUACGAGAUGGUGAAUGGAUAUGGGCUGAUUCAGCAUACCCUUUGACCAAGUGGUGUCAAUCGCCAUAUGUCAAGCCCGACAAGUUGUUACCGGACAACGCAGCGUUCAACUAUCAUCUCUCCAGCAUCCGUAUACGCUCCGAACACGCUAUCGGUUAUGUCAAGGGCCGCUGGUCAUCGCUCAAGGGAUUGCGAGUUGCUGUUGAUGAUGAGAAGGGCCUGCAGUUUGCAUCCUUAUGGAUCACGGGCUGUAUUCUCUUGCAUAACUUCGCUCUCGAGCAUGAGCAGCAGCACGGGCAAGAUUUCAACCAUGACCACUUUUAUCGUUCAGGCAGGCGCUAUUCACGUAGGAUGCGAGAGUUUGAAAAGGAGUGGAGGGACACCGAAGAAGAUUGGAGAGCUGAUAGAGAGGCAGAAGCAGACGAGGAUGUUGCAUUGUUGGAGGGUCGGAUCAAGCGCAAAAAGUUGAAGGAGGAACUCUUUGCAGAACUCGGGAUCGCACCUAUGGAUGUUGAUUAA